AUUUUUAAAUACCAUUCGGGCCAAUGACUGCGUCGAUUUGAUAAGAAACUGGGUGGCACGCAUGCGUCGAUACUCGUCUGCAGGCCCAAGUGCAUCAUGGUUUUCUCAUCGACAGCCAUUUAUAUCACGAAGCUGGGACUUCAGUUCGCUUGAAAAAAGGCACAAUGUCAAUCUUCUCAAGCUCUCUCAAUCGUCUUCUACCAACGGUCCAUGCCUCCGACGAGGAGCUCGUUGAUCCGCAAAAGCAACUCAAGGAAGAAUGUGGCACUCUGCCAAAGUGCGUGAGCCUACAGGAGAAAUUGACCACAUGCAAUGAUCGUGUAAAUUCGAGGACAAAGACGCAAGAAACUUGCACAGAAGAGCUUUUUGAUUACUUGCACUGUGUAGAUCACUGUGUGGCCAAGACCCUUUUCUCAAAACUGAAGUAAUCAGUGCAAUAAUGAUCAAGUUAAUCAGAAGAAUAUUAACUUACUCUUGCAUUAAACUUAGUUCAAUUUGUCAUGUUGUAAAUACAGUUAAAUAUUACGAAUGAAAAAAUAAAUUAAAACCAUAAAAUAGAA